CACGGACUAAACACGCAUCACGGAUCACUAGAGGACCGCGUUCCGCUUUUGGAUUACCGCUUGUUUGGACCUCUUGUCUCUGGAUUUUAUCGACUCAGCGAGCGCUGGGGUUUAUUUGUUCUUAUCCUGGAGCUUGUGGAUUAUUUGACGGAGUUCAGCAUGACUCUGGAGGAACUGGUCGGAUCCAACAGCACCGAAAAGAAGAUGGAGACGGUGAGUCAGACCCUGGAGGAGUUGCUGGUGGCGGCGCAGCGGCAGGACUGCCUGACGGUGGGAGUCUACGAGUCCGCCAAACUCAUGAAUGUGGAUCCCGACAGCGUGGUUCUGUGCGUGCUCGCCACGGACGUGGAGGACGAGGGCGACAUCGCCCUGCAGAUCCACUUCACGCUGCUGCAGGCGUUCUGCUGCGACAACGACAUCAACAUCCUGCGGGUGUCCGGCAUGCGGCGCCUGGCGCAGCUGCUGGAGGACGCGCCGCAGGACGGCAACGGCAACGAGCCGCGGGACCUGCACUGCAUCCUGGUCACGAACCCGCCGGUGCAGCCGCUGCAGUGCCAGGCCCUGCAGGACGUGGGCAGCUUCUGCGCGGAGAGCCGCAGCCGGAACCAGUGGGUUCCCUGCCUGGAGCUGAAGGACCGCUGAGCCGAACCGGGCCGAGCCGAGCCAGACCGCUGAGGAAGCGGUGAGAAGAUUCGAAGCUGCCAGAGCUGGUUAUUAUGAGGACGAGGAGGAAAAGAGCCGGUCCUCGACCUGAACCGCGGCACGGACGGGUGUCUGAGUCUGAGCUGGUCCUGGGGGCCCCGGGACCGGUACCGGUCCGGGCGGUCCGGACUGGGGGGGGGACACGUGUUGAAGGAACGGCACGAUGGGCGGCUGCAGCUGCAGGACGUCACGUGACUGAACUGAUGAAUGGACCCGGGCCUGAACUGCGCAGGUGCAGGAGCGCGCACCUGGAGCGCGCAUGUGGACUUUUGCAUGAACCGUCACUCCUUGUCUGUUACGCAAUGACGUCACGCUGGUGUGUCAGUGAGUGAAGCAAUGAAUCCGCAUGUUGACUUUUAUUCUGUUUGGUGAAUAAACUGUUGAGAAAGAAA